UUUUGUAAAUAAUACAAUGAUUAUUCAUGAGUUUCAGCAGCAAUAAAUGCACAGACCCAAGGACUGUAUCUACUGACUUUAUUCGGGAACACAGCACAGGAUUCCAGCAGUAGAGAUUCGGGGAGCCCAACUAUGAGCUGCAUAGACCAAAAUCACUACCACGAUGAAGAGCUGGAUCCUUGUCAUCUAUUUGAUACAUACGCUGGGGCUGAUAAGACCAUUUCUAAGAAAGAGCUGGUGGAAAAUCACCUCAAAUUUAUCUAUAAUUUAUUCUUAUCAGGUUCCGUGAAAGGAGAAACGUUGAUUCAUAUUUCAAUUGGCUCUUGCGUGACUGAAGCCUUUAUUGCCGCUGAUUUCUUUAAAAAUAUUAUAUUGCUGGAAUCUUCAGACUGCUGCAUGAAAACCUUAGAGAAGUGGAUCAACAAUGAACCUGGAGCUCCGGAGCAAUCCCACUUUGCAGAGUUUGCUUGCUCCCUUAAAGGGAAAAGUACUGAGUGGAAGAAACAUGAAGAAAAAGCCAGAAGGGCAUUAAAAAAAGUGGUAAAAUGGGACAUCACCAAAGAGAACCCACUGGGUGCAGUUGUGUUGCCCCAAGGGGAUUGUUUAAUCGCUCUUUAUCACUUGGAGUUCGUUAGCAAAGGCCAAGAUAUGUAUAUAAUCCUUCUGAAGAAAUUGUCAUCCCUUCUGAAGAUUGGAGGUCACCUGAUCCUGGUGGCAGUGAUCAACAUGUCUUAUUACACAGUCGGCCAACACAAGUUCAGUGGGCUCAAGUGCGAUGAAGAGUUUAUACAAAAGGCUCUGACAGAGGCCGGGUGCACCAUUGUAAAAUCUGAAACGCACAAAAGCCAUUUCCAAUCACCUUUGAUCGAUUAUGAAUCAAUUGCCUAUUUUGUGUCCCGUAAAGAAAGGCUGGUUUAAUUGGUCCAUCCUCAGUUGCAAUAAUGUUUCUCUCUUUCAUCUAGCGUUAUUAUAUCUACUCUGUGUCUACGCUAUCUUUAUCUAGAUUUGUGUCUCUAAUGCAUAAUAUCUUGUGAUAGUAUAGGGAUACCAUCCUCAAAAUUAAAAUAAAAUCAUUGUUCUGGAAAA